AUAAAUACGAAAUGCCGCUCACUAUAACGUCGAGUGAUUAACAGAUCGCCAUUGUAGCUCGCUCGGUGUGUUUCGUUACGUACGAAUCGUUCAAACUAUCAUAACCGCGCGUACAGAGUUUGACAGUUUAUUGGGAGUACAAGCUCGGCCAUGAAAACUUAUACAUUUGUCAUUUUUAUUAUGCUCUCUAUCCUCGUUCAGAGGAACAGCUCAGCACCGCAAAUCGACAAGGAAAAACUACACGGCUUGAUGGACGAAGUAAAAGAAAAAGCUCGGGAAGUGUUCGAACAAGCCCAGGAAGCGGCGUCAAAAGCCACUGAUUCUGCGAGAGUAGCGGUCCAAGAGGCAAUGGAAUCGGCACAACAGGCAGCCCAACACGCGAUGGAAUCUGCUCAACAGGCAUCCCAACAGGGCAGGGAGAUCGGGCACGAGUGGGUCGAAUACGGCAAAAGCCUUGUCGCGAGUAUCUCGGAUAAGCAAGGAACCCCCGCCCCUGGGAACGAGGAAGUGGAGAAAAGUUGAUUUUGAUGAAACGAUAUAAAAUUCUUACGAAUUAAAAAGAUUAGGGACGAAUCCAAAAAAAUUUUAGUUUUAAUCAACAAUAAAAGCACUUCGUCAUGAGACACUGAAUAUUUCAAAGAAUAUUAUGAAUAAAAUGAAUUUCAAGAA